AUGCCACCAAUUAUGCUGGUUGGAACAGAUCCAUGUAGAGAGCUCUUGGUGCAAAGGACAAGCUUUCCAUGGUUGAUCACUAAUUACUUGUACCAGAUGAUGAUGAUCUUAACCGAUCAUAUUGGGAAUGAUAGAUUCCAAACGCUGAAAUCUCUGUUUCAACCAUUGUGUUACCAUCAUCAGACAAAAAAAUAUGGCAUGAUGGAACAAUCAAGAAAUGACCAUGGAUCUCAGUCAGUAAUGCAGGACUAUCUCGACACCAUGUACCCUAAUAGAACACAAUCAGACGUUAAACCAGUACUCAAUUAUUCAAUACAGACUGGCAUCACUCAUGCAGGGCUUGACAAAGCUUCAACACAGUUUAACAGCCAAACUGCAUGGUUACAUGGCUCAAUUCCAUCACCACCAAAAACUUCCUUCAAUCAACAGACUGCUCAAUUUGGGCAAGGCUAUGCUUCUUACGCUGCUUCCGAUACCUCAUCAACCAUGAUCAAGUGUCUUUGUAGUUUUGGUGGUAGAAUAUUACCAAGACCAAGUGAUGGAAAACUAAGGUAUGUCGGGGGUCAGACACGUAUUCUUCGUUUCAGAAAGGACAUAUCUUGGCCGGACCUUUGGCGUAGAGCAUUCUUAAUCUACAAUCUGGUUCAUAUACUCAAGUAUCAACUUCCUGGGGAAGAUCUCGAUGCUUUGGUAUCUGUAUCAUCUGAUGAGGAUUUACAGAAUAUGAUGGAGGAGUAUAACCAUAUAGAGGAUACAGAACCCCCGCAAAAGCUUAGGAUUUUUUUGUUCUCAAUCACUGAUUUACAAGAUGCUCAGUUCGCUCUUAGUACCAUUGGUGGUGAUUCUCAGGUCCAGUAUGUUGUUGCUGUUAAUGGUAUGGACUCGGGCUCAAGAACCACCUCAACCCCACUUGGUGUCAGCAUUUCAAACAAUGACAUACAUAAAUUUAACACAAAAACUAUCCAAACGGACACUAGUAAUGUUGCUGUAGAAUCUAUACGUGUCACAGAUGCUCCCUUGACUGGCAAAUCUGACACUCCAUUGGCUACCCAGUCUUCACAACAACUAUUACCGACAUCUUCAAAUGUUUAUGAAACUGGUUGGCUGACUAACGGUGACCAAAUGGCGCAAGCUGCAGAAAUUAGUUGUCAAUAUCCUAUUCACCACCGCGCUCUUCAUCCCUCUCAUAACCUUGUGGUUGGAGAGACCCCCAUUUCUCUGGCUCCUCAUCUUUUGAACAAUCAAUCAGGGAUUCUGAAUGAAGACCAUCCACCUAGGGGAGUACAAGUACAAAAAUCCGAACCAUCUACCUUGCAGGUGAAAACAAUAAGUGAAAAUUCAAGCAAACAAGGGAGUGACCACGGCGACGUUCUAUCCUUGGAAAUCCCAUCCCCGUCUCCGUUUCAGCCCAUUGAUGGUUACUUGAAAAACAAUGGUCCUGAAGCAUCAGCUGCGGUUACCAUGCCUGAGGGGCAUCUACCUUCGCUCCCUUGCACAAAAAAAGUUCAGCACCAGGAUUGUAAUGCUUCUUCUACAUCUAGCAAUUCAUUUGCUCCUAAUUAUGUUGAUUCCCACUCCAAUGCAAUUGAUUUGAGUUCUCUUCACCCCCCUCCAAUUCCUAAAAGAUUUUACUGUUCAGAAAGAACUCCGAGGGAGCAAGUAGAGGUCCUGAAUCGGUCCUCAAAGUCAGAUGAUGCACACAGCUCGCAGUUUAAUGUGUCAGAUUUGCUUUCUGAUACCAAGGCAGAGGAUCCAGUAACAGAAUCUGGUGACAACUUACAUGAUGGUAAUCUGUUAGAUCCAGAUGACAAAUCAAGUAUUUCAGCAAAGCCCUUUCCUGAAGAUGACCAUACCAUUGACAAUGGGUUUGCCAGCCAUCAAAUGAAUAAACCGUUGCUUGAUACAAACAGUGAGAUAAAGUCUAACCUGUCUGAGCACAUGUAUCCUGAGUUGAAGCAAGUCUUGUUGAGUAAUGAAGGAAUUAAAGACGUGGAAACUAAAGAUAAUCAUAUCAAGCCCUUGUUUGAUGAAACCGAAACUAAAUAUGGUAAAUCAGAUCUACCUGUUGUUCACCAUGUUUCUUCUGUUGAGCGCCUUGAUGUUAUUGCAUCCAAUCUUCCAGAGAUUGAUUGGGGUGAGGCCUAUGGGAAGGAAUCUAAUGAUAAUCCUGUGGUGCAAGAACUACCUGCUUCUUUAGCUGGGAACAUAACCAAAGGUGUUUCUCAAGAUUUCCGCCCUAAUGUUUCCAAGCAAAUACCAGGUGACAUUCUAAUUGAUAUCGAUGAUCGAUUCCCCCGUGAAUUGCUUUCUGAUAUGUACUCUAAAGCAAUACUUGAAGAAGACUCCUCCAAUCUGCAUCCUCUAUCCGCAGAUGGAGUAGCCUAUAGUGUAAAUAUGGAAAAUCACGAACCUAAAAGUUGGUCGUAUUUUGGAAAGCUGGCACAAGGGCUUGACAAUGUUUCUCUUAUUGAUCAAGAUCAUCUUGGUUUUUCACAUCAUGUUACACCUCUAACAACUGAUAGAUUUCCUCUAGAUCGUGAGGAUUCCAACCCUAAUUUUGGUGAAGAAAAUCAGGACUUACAUAGAAGGAUUGGAAUGGAAACCCAUGCUCUGAAGUCCAACUAUGAUCAAUCCCAGCUCACUGACACCAAAAGUAUGCAGUUUGAAUAUGAGGAUGACAAGUUUGAAACCAAAAACUGUAAUCUACCUCCAUUUGAUCCUUCUUCGGGAGAUUUUGAUAUCAGUUCUGUGCAGGUCAUUAAGAAUGAAGAUCUUGAAGAGCUAAAGGAACUGGGUUCUGGUACAUUUGGGACUGUUUAUCAUGGAAAAUGGAGAGGAACAGAUGUUGCUAUCAAAAGAAUAAAGAAGAGUUGCUUCACUGGUCGAUCAUCUGAGCAAGAGAGACUGACUGCAGAGUUCUGGCGAGAAGCUGACAUUCUUUCAAAGCUUCAUCAUCCAAAUGUGGUUGCAUUUUACGGUGUGGUACAGGAUGGACCGGGAGGAACAGUGGCUACUGUUACAGAAUUCAUGGUGGAUGGUUCUCUUAGGCACGUAUUACUUCGAAAGGAUAGGUGUCUUGAUCGUCGCAAAAGGCUGAUAAUUGCAAUGGAUGCAGCUUUUGGAAUGGAAUAUUUACACUCAAAAAACAUUGUGCAUUUCGACUUAAAAUGCGACAAUUUGCUUGUAAACUUGAAAGAUCCUUUGCGGCCAAUAUGCAAGGUUGGUGAUUUUGGCUUGUCAAAAAUUAAACGAAAUACCUUGGUUACUGGUGGCGUGCGGGGCACUCUACCUUGGAUGGCGCCAGAGCUGCUGAAUGGAAGCAGCAGCAAGGUCUCAGAAAAGGUUGACGUGUUCUCCUUUGGCAUAGUUUUAUGGGAAAUUUUAACUGGUGAGGAGCCAUAUGCCAAUAUGCACUAUGGUGCAAUUAUAGGUGGGAUUGUAAAUAACACAUUGAGGCCAACCAUUCCAAGCCACUGUGAUCUCGAAUGGAGAACACUGAUGGAACAAUGUUGGGCGCCGAAUCCUGUGGUCAGGCCUUCUUUCACAGAAAUUGCAAGUCGGUUGCGCAUAAUGUCCGCAGACGGCCUGGGAAACAAACCAUCUAAAUGA